UGAAGUUCUGUUUGUUUUUGUUUCCUUCUUCUUCAGCUCAGACGCCCAAAGUGUUUCAGUGAGAGAAGAAAGAGAGGACAGGUGAACAUGCAGCUCUUCCUGGCUCUCUGCUUUCUGCUGGGAAUCCCCAGCGGGGCUCCAGACAUUCACUCUCUGAAGGUUUUCUACACUGGAGCCUCCAAUGUUCCAAACUUUCCAGAGUUUGUGACUGUGACUCUGGUGGAUGAAGUUCAGAUUGAUCACUACGACAGCAGCACCAGGAGAAAAGUUCCCACACAGGACUGGGCGAACAAAAUCACAGAAGAAGAUCCAACGUACUAUGAGAGAUUCACUCAGACCCUGAUGGGAAUUCAGCAGUGGUUCAAAGCAAACCUUGAGAUCUUGAAGCAGCGUUUGAACCAAACUGGAGGUGUUCACAUUUUCCAACUCAUGUCUGGUUGUGAAUGGGACGAUGAAACUGAUGAAGUGAACGGAUUUCGAAAGUUUGGUUUCGAUGGAGAAGAUUUCCUCGUUUAUGACCUGAAGACAGAAACAUGGAUCGCUAAAGUUCAACAGGCUGUUCCCACCAAACACAGGUUGGACAAUAACAAAGCAGUGAUGGCUCAUUGGAAGCACUACCACACCACUGUAUGUCCUGACUUGCUGAAGAAGUACGUGAAGUUUGGUCGGAGCUCACUGAUGAGAAAAGAUCUUCCCUCAGUGUCUCUCCUCCAGAAGACUCCCUCCUCUCCGCUCACCUGCCACGCUACAGGUUUCUACCCCGACAGAGCCGACUUGUUCUGGAAGAAAGACGAGGAGGAGCUCCAUGAGGAUGUGGUCAAAGGAGAGAUCCUCCCCAACCAUGACGGGAGCUUCUAGAUGAGCGUUGAUCUGGAUCUUUCAGGGCUCAAAGAUGAAGACUGGGGGAGGUACAGCUGUGUGUUUCAUCUGGCUGGAGGACAGGAAGUCUCCAAGAGACUGAACAAA